AUGAAACGAACAGCGAACAAGCGGAAGAGAGCCUUCAGCCCAGAAGAAGUUCUGGAGGAAGUCAUGCAGCCUGACCCCAGUGAGCUGCAGAUUUCAUCUACAGACAGCAGUGACUCGAGAGAGUCAGAUGCAGAUUUUAAGCCAGCAUCCACACCCUCAACUACGAGUGAGGAGGAUUCUGAGGAUCCUGGAUCGGGGUGGAUUGGGAGAAAUGGGCAGGUGUGGUCUUCAAAUAACGGAGAGACCGCUCCUUUCACCCAGCCUGCUCGCGGCGUGACUGCAGGGCCGACACGUUACGCAAUAGCGAGGGUAGGAGACAUACAGUCUUCCUUUGACCUUUUUUUCACUUCUGAGAUGCUAGACCUAAUUGUCAGCAUGACGAACAUUUAUGGUCAGCGCAAUGAUAAAGACUGGAUCGUGGUGGAUUCUACGGAUCUCAAGGCCUACAUGGGACUAAAUAUUUUGGCUGGGGUCUACAGGUCCCGGAACGAGUCCACCUGCUCCCUGUGGGAUGAUCGACGUGGCCGGGCCAUUUUCAAGGCCACCAUGUCUCUCAAGAGAUUUCAUCAAAUAAGCAGAGCCCUGCGCUUUGAUGAUAAGGUCACCAGAGCAGCUCGCCUAAGAGAUGAUAAGCUUGCACCGAUCAGAGCCCUAUGGGAUCUGUGGGCUCAUCGGCUUGAGAUUCUCUUCAAUCCAGGCAGGGACGUGACUGUAGAUGAACAGCUUGUUCCAUUCAAAGGACGAUGCCGAUUUCGGCAGUAUAUGCCUAUGAAACCGGCAAAAUAUGGUUUAAAACUUUGGGUCACGGCUGACGUGGCUACAUCAUAUGCCUGGCGCUGUGCACCAUAUCUGGGGAAGAUCGGGGAUGCUGCAGAGGUGGGAAAAGGUAUGCGUGUUGUAAAGGAGAUGACUGAGGGACUCCAGGGAGUCACUGUCUGCUGUGACAACUUCUUUACAAGUUAUAAACUUGCACAGGAGCUCCUCAAAAAAAAACUUUUCCUAGUCGGAACAGUCAGAAAGAAUAAACCAGAGCUGCCACCCAACCUGCUGCAGGUUAAAGGAAGACCUGUCCCUUCCUCCCUUUUUGGUUUCACCAGCAACACGACAGCUGUCAGUCACAUUCCCAAACGGGGGAGGAAUGUGAUUGUGCUGAGCACAAGGCACCGUGAGGCAGCUGUGACGGAGGGACCAAAAGCAAAACCAGAUAUCAUCACUUACUAUAACCGCUGUAAGGGAGGUGUCGACAAUUUAGACAAGGUUGUCGCCACCUACAGCUGCAGAAGGAAGACUAAGCGGUGGCCACAAACAUUAUUCUUCAAUAUGAUGGACAUAUCAGGUUAUAAUGCCUAUGUAAUUUUCACAGCCAUUGAUCCCUCCUGGAAUCAGCGUAAGCUCUUCAGAAGGAGGCUUUUUUUAGAGGAGUUAGGCAACUCAAUGAUCUCAGCAGCAAUUGUAAGAAGAAAGCACUUGCCCCGUGCACCAAUUGCUGCUGCACUUGUGCAGGAGCUACAGACCUCUGUACCUGCCCCUCAGAUGCCAGCAGGCACCAGCAGCUUAGUUCAGAGGGGAACGUGUAAGGGCUGCAAGAAUCGUACAGUGUGCACUUGCAUUAAAUGUGGUAAAUUCACGUGCAAAAGUCACCAAGUGAUUUGUUGCAAGGACUGCUGGGAACACUAG